AUGCCAUUUGUGGCUGGUGACGUCCUCGAUGUGGGUGGUGGGAAGGAAAAGAUGAGAAGCGAGUGGUACUCAUGCGAAAAGUGGCGCUUCGCCUCUGCACGAACUCCCCGGAAAAAUCAGAAAUCAAGGGUCCAAAAUCUAAAAAUCCGAAAAGCUUUCUUUUCAUUUUGGCCGGCGCUGCUCAGCUGCAGCCGUGUGCACAGGGAGCGCUCGCCUUCGCCCACAAAGCUUACCGUACAACAGCUCAACGACCACGUCUCGGCGCCCAUAUCUGAUGCCACACUCCGACGCAGAUCACUCGCCAUCGACGCUUGCCGCUCCAGCGAUGCACAACGUCCCCGCCUGCCUCGCUCCUUCAGCGCUCUCGACAUCACUUCGCCGCUCGAUCUCGGCGUCGCUGCGCACCAGCACAUCGCAUCUGAGUUGGACGAGACCACUGUUCCGCCUCCGGUAGAUGACGAAGACGACUUUGAGUCCAAUCCACUUUACCUCAAUCUCUCGGAGGAUCCGCGACUAGCCACCGAUUGGACCACAGCAAGUUUGGUCCUUAUCCCCCUGGCCCGCGCUCUGACCUCACGCGAUGCCGUUCAUCCCGACGAUUCACACGAUCCGAACUUUGUUGCCCUUCACGCGUUCGCGCCCUCCAGACUCUACAAGGACCAAUUCGUCUCCAUACGUUCCCUUGUUCAUGCUUCGGCCCCGCUACCAGAUGCGUCAGUCCGACAACACGGCUACGACUGGGGCCAUGUCACGCUCACUGCAACCAUACAUUCCGAUCAACGUUCCAUCACCGUCACAGAGACAACACACGCAUCCAGAGCCUCUUCUGAAGCCGCACAUCCUCCGUCUGAAUCCGGAUCGCAGCCCCUUCCAUCUGUCUCGACUAUCAAAAGGCAGAUAGGCAUCGUGACGGAAACAAUCAUCUACCGCUCGCUACCCAGUCCCGACCGUCCCACCAUCUCCAACCACCAGUCCAGCUUCCAGGUGACAAGCCGCCCUCAGCCAUCAUCCUCGGACACGCCAGCACCCAGCGCAAAAGUGCGUGUCAUCACCGUGGAUCUGCCCAUCGUUCGUAGACGAACACAGCUUGCAGCUACCGAAUCCUCGCACGCCGUCGUGCCCACUUCCGAUCCGGCAGACGAUGACCAAACGGCCACGAUUUCAGAUCUCAUCCUCGAGCACGUUCCACCACGCCGUCGCUUUGCCACCGACUUGUCUUUCUUGGCGAAUCCUUCCGUGACCUCUCCUCGCCUCGCCGAAUCCUUGAUCAACGCUUUCCACGUGCUCUUCUCAGCCGCACACCAAUUCAUCGCCUCCUUUGUCUACGUCAGGGGCUUCGAAAGCUACAACGCCCACCGUAUCCGCCGCGGCAUCUGGUUCAAAGCCUGGAAAGCUUUCGAAGAGCGUCUCGGCUCCGAGCACAUCGCUCGUCUCAGCGUUGAAGCCUUCCACCGCAUCAAGUCUUUGCUCGAGAACGUCGUCAUGGGUCUCGUACACACAAAGAUGUACGGUCCCAUACAGGAUCAGCUAUUGGAUGCUGAUCUCGUCACCGACAAUGUCCUCAGUGCGUACAAUGCAUUCAACGUCACUCUCGCCGACUUUGGCGUACAGAACGUCGCACUGAGGCAGCGAUCUGGUCGCCUCGAUGCUGCCAUAGACAUUCUCAGCCAAGGUCUCAGCGACGAAAGCGGCCCUGAGCUUGACGAAGCACUCUCCGCAGGUGAUCUGACACUGUUCAGCGCCUUUGUGGGCCAGACCCAGGACGAACCUGUCGUCACGCAAUCCAGCUCGCUAGAUCGCAUGCAGACCGAUUUAGGUCUCGCCGAGUCGUCCCAUCACCGCACGCAUCUCGGAAACGCUCGUAGCGACGUGCACCGGCGGACACCGCUUCAAAUUUUGCAAACCCUCCGGGCGACCAUCGACGAAAUAGGCUGGGCAGCUGAGCGCGUCCACGUAGCUUCCAGCCGCCGUACCUCCUCCUCACACGAGCGACCUCCGCCAUUGGGCACAGACGAUUUGCUGCCUAUCCUCAGCUACGUCUUUACGCGCGCCAAAGCUGAUCGAUUGUGCAGCAUGCUGUACUACGCGCGUACCUUUCAACUCACCGACACGGCCACUUCGCCCGAACUGCAGUGGGCACUCGUCACCUGCGACGCUGUCAUUACCUAUCUGAGGACCGACCCGCUUCGGCUUUGUAGGCGCAGAUCAAGCGGCAGCAUCCUUGCAGAACCUUUGCGCACAGGAUCGCAGUCGCAGUCCCUCUCCACGAGCGCCAACGACGGACUCUCUGUCCGAUCUAUGUCGUCUCGAUCUCAUCAGGGCUCGACAGGUGCCUCGACAUUGAACGCGACGACACCUCUGGUACGCGACUCCUUUGUCAACGCAGGGAAUCCGAGCGCAGAUGCUGCGUCUCUCCAUUCGCCUCGCUCGUCAUCUCCUCUGGUCGACGCAUCCUCCGAUCGAAUCUCUGUGAACGACAGCAACUCUUACUUUUUCCGACAUGGCGAUGCAUCUUCGGAGCAGGUCGCGUAUGCAGCGUCGGAUGCCAGUCCACGGCUGCAUGCCGAAGGCUUCAAGUUGCCAGGUCUACCCGCGAGUGUCUCUUCUCGUAGAAACAGUCGCAUCUUGGGACAGCGGCCUCCCUCGGUAUUCUCGCUGAGCGAGGACGGGGACGCCAUCAGCCUGUUGCCUGAUACGUCGCUCGAUGCUCUAGAAUCGCGACCAUCCUUGUCAGCAGCCUCGCCAAGUCCCAGCCGUCCCCUCAAGAGUCGCAAUCGUACCUUUUCUGCCUCGUCGAGCUCGACGACGCAUAACGACGUGCAGAUCAGGCCUCAAAUCGUCCGCACCAUCAAGCGUUCUCAGACGGGCAAUCUGUUCACCGCCAACCGUCUCGAGCGGACGAGCAGCAACGGCAGCGCCACCAGUGGUGGCCAAAUUCACGUUCGCGUGGUAGGUUCGCCGUCCAUGCAACUGGCGGAUGCCAACACGGGCAGGGAUCCAGCGCUCGUCAACGCCUCCCCUCCCAAGACGGACAGAUCAGAUAGACGGCGCAGCUUCGACUCCUGGACUGCCUUUUCUCUCUUCUCGUCGAGCGCCGUUUCUACCGCGGCUGACACGUCCGGAAGAGCUUCGCUCGACGCGGGCGAUUUUCCCCGCAAUACGACGUCCAGCGCAAUCAAGGCGCAAUCCGAAGGGCAUGAAAUCGAUCCACUGCGUAUCAAUCAUGCAUCCAGAGGGUCAGUCAGCUCUGCAGAGAUGGGCGAGUCUUCAGGAUGGCUGUAUCGGCGAACGGAAGCAGACAGCGUCAGUCGCCAUAACUCUAUGUCCAAAGACCAUGCAAAGGCGGCCUCCUCUGGAGCGGCAUCUCUCGGUGCUUCGGCUGCAAGGACGUUGGCUGCGGAAUGGAGCGAUGUCAACUGCCGACCGGAGGGCGUAGAGACGCCACAAAUAUUUCUGCAGCAAUCGCGCAGUCAGCGACCGGCCUCCGCUCGAUCGAGUUCAGUCCGAACUUCGCUGCCUCAAUGGCCAGCAGCGUCUGAACUGACCCACACCGGCUCCUUGUCGUCUCGACCGUCACAGCGUCGAUACAGAGGACGUUUUCUCUCGACAUCGUCAGCAACGCUCGCGGUAUCUGCAGCGCCUUUACCGCCUCAGGUUGAUCGAAGCUCGACCUCGACCGCCAGUCUGGCGAGACCUGCACGGGCGCACAGACAGAGUAUCGGUUCGCUGCACGCUCUCAAAGCCAGCAUGGUCUCGCCUGGGACGCAGACACCUCCACUUGUGCCAAAGGCAGAGACUAUCGAGGUGGAGGACGUUCCGGAAAUGAUUCCCUACGGCGGGCCAACGGCUGGGCGAGAGGCCGAGGAUGUAAUGCCAGCCCCGCUCAGUGCUGUGCGCGAUCCUCUGUUGGAUGUCACAAACGCUUCCGUCGCAUCUUCAGCGGAGGCGGCGACUCCUUUGGACGCCAAUCCCAGUAAAGCUGCAACGUCAAUAGAAGGCAAGGAGAGCAAGACCAGCACGCUAGAGGACGAUGACGAGAACCUCAUCGAGCUCGCAGUCCAAGUCUGA